CUCGCCGCUAGGGCGCCAGGCUAUGCCCACAGCGCACUUCUAGAAAGUGGACUGCCUGCCCGUUCGCCGCUUGUAAAGAGGCUCGGCUGCCAGUCCGCUCGCGCGCUCAGUUUCCGUCCUGCCCAUCCGCAGAACACGCGCACAGCCUCAGCUCCAUCCGUCAUCGCCGCUAUGGUGGCCACAGCAGCGGUUCACGCAGGUCUCGUCCUUUUCACUGCCUCGGUGGUGCGUCUCGGGGCAGCGGAGAACGAAGAAAAGGUCACGUGCCUCCAGAUGAGGGUUGGGAGCGCCCAGCGGGAGUGCAUGAACAACGUGUUCCGCAACCUUCGGGUGCCUCUGGAGACGGACGGCGCCAUUCCCUUGCCUAAGGGAUCAACCGAGAGAGUGAAAAUACUCGCCACUGGCUGCUUGGCCCUCCACGCUCUCCAAAAAAUUCCAGAGUUUGGCUGCGUGCCCACGUCGUCGAUUGUAGAUACCUACGAGUGCGUUUACAAGAACGAGGAAGACAAGGAACAGGUGUUAAGAUCAUUCACCGCAAAUAGCAAAGAGAAGUAUUUGGAGAUCGCAGACAAGGUUGAGUCAUGCUUUGGAAGCUGGCAUGGGACCAAGAACAAGGCUCAUCCGAGGAUCUUCAACAGACGUCGUGAUUAGGCCGCACAUCACUCGAAGCGAGCUUACUGGGCCCAGGCAGAACUCGCAGGCCGUGCACGAGACGUGGUCUAGGAACUAAUUGCUCAGUGUGCCAACCAACCCCAACUUGACGUCACCGGACGUGCCUGCUUUCCGGUGGAAAACCAGGAGAGGCACGAAUUCUGUGCGAAAUAAAUGAGACCUGCUGUGCCUUA